AUGUCAACAACUGCUUUUAUCAUAAGUGGAAUUUGCCUAACAAUCGCCAUACCUGCUGCAGGAACAGCAAUAGCAGGAACAGUACUAGUAAUAGGAGCAGGAGGGGCAGGAUUAAUGAAAACUGCUGCUGAAAAAAUAAAGCUUCCGAAUUACGGGAAACUUUAA